AUGUCUUCGUCAGCGGUGCCCAGCCCGAUCACCCCUCCCUUCGACCAGAUCACAGGCAACAUCACCGGCAACGUCACCACCAGCAAUGGCACGUCUGCUGUGCCGGAGGUGGACCUCUACUUCUACGCCAGCCUCUUCACCAUAGAGGCCAAACUCAUCUUCAGCGCCUUGGCCACCAUCUACAUUGGCGCUCAUGGCUCCCUUCGCCGUCCUCCCUCGGCCGCCCCUGCAAAACGUAAGGACGGGGAACGUGAGCGCAAGGAGGAUGAGCCCAUCACCGAGGGCCUCCUGCCGACCGACGCUAUUCUCUUCCCGCUCCUCGCCGGUGCCAUGCUGAUCGGUCUCUACUACCUCAUCCAGUGGCUCCAGGACCCGGCGAUUCUCAACAAGAUCCUGAGGGUCUAUAUGUCCGUGAUGGGCGUUGCUAGCUUGUCCACCUUGAUCGCACACUCACUGCAGGUUGCCGUGGGUUUCAUGUUUCCCAAUUAUUUCCGCCACAAUGGCUCGCUGUACCGCGUCGACGACGACGACGAAUCUUUUAUCAAGUUCACGGGAGAGGAGACGGACCGGAACAACGCACAGUUUCUCCAGAAGAGCAAUCCGUUGCCGUUCGCUCUUCGCUUCCCCAUCCCCUUAAACAGAAUCAACGUCAACCGAUUCCUCUGGGAUCUGCGCCAUGUCUUGACUGACGAGUGGACAGUCAAGGCCAAGGUCCACGGUCUCUUCCGAGAAAAGUUUCACAUCUCCGCCCUCCAUGUCACCGGCUUCAACUUGGCUGCCACAGCUGUCUUUGCCUACUUCAUGUCUGGGUCGCCUUUCCUCUCCAACUUGAUGGGCUACGGCUUCUGCUACGGAUCAUUCCUGAUCAUGUCACCGACGAACUUCGCUACCGGCAGCCUAGUGCUGAUGGGGCUGCCUUACAUGAUCACAGUCGCCACUAAACUUGACGUUCCCAUCAAGCUCCAAUUCCAGUCUGCAGCUAGAUCCAGCAUUCUCGGCCUCGGAGACAUCGUUGUCCCCGGCAUCGUCAUGUGCCUCGCCCUCCGUUUCGACAUGUGGCGGCACUACCAGCAACAAAUCAAGUACGUUCCGACCGACUUGAAGUCUGACCAGCACGACGCCCAUUCAGGAGAUGUCGUCACCGUCAGUGAGACCCAGCACAUGGCUCAGAAGGCCACCUACCUCGAUAUUACCGGAUGUUGGGGAGAUUGGUUCUGGUCUUCUUCGUGGCUGGGCCUGCUCAAGGGCGGACACGAGAUGCCUCCCCCGACUGUGCGAGGAUCAACCUUCCGCAAGACCUACUUCAACGCUUCCUUGAUCGGUUAUACACUGGGCAUGCUAGUUACUCUCUCUAUGCUAACCAUCUUCAAGCAUGGCCAGCCCGCGCUGUUGUACCUGGUCCCCGGCGUUCUCGGUUCCCUAUGGUUAACUGGCAUUGUCCGUGGUGAACUGAAGGAGAUGUGGAUGUACACUGAAGACGGUACCUUGGACACGCGUGACAUUGUGGUUGAACUGGAUGGCAACGGCAACGUGGUCAAAGAGAUUAAGAAGGACGGUGAAAGGAAUGAAGAGGAGGAGAAGAAGAAGAAGGCCGAGGACGACAACGUGGUCAAAGAGAUUAAGAAGGACGGUGAAAGGAAUGAAGAGGAGGAGAAGAAGAAGAAGGCCGAGGACGAGAAGGCCUUGGGCGAGAAGGAUGCGGCUCAUAAGAAGAAGAUCGAGAAGACCGAGUACAGCCUCGUCUCGUUCUCUGUUACUGCUCCGCUUAGAAAGCCGAAGACGCAAUGA